GGUAACCAGUAACUACGCAUUCAACGCAAACGUUGCUCUAUUUUAUUACCGAUUCAUCAACGAAAAGGCAGAAGGUUUAAAGCUAAAAAACCCGAUAUGGCCAAUGGGUCUUGUGUUAAAAAAAGAUGGCUACCUCUUGAAGCUAACCCUGAUGUUAUGAACCAGUUUCUCUGGGGACUCGGUGUCAGAGAGAACGAGUUAGGGUGCUAUGAUGUGUAUGGUUUAGAUGAAGAACUCUUAGAAAUGGUACCCAAGCCAGUUCUUGCAGUCCUGUUUCUCUACCCCUUAACGCCUCAGAGUGAACAAGAGAGAAUACAACAAGACACUGUCACGAAGGAUCAAAUCAAGGGAGUUUACUAUAUGAGGCAAACUGUAGGCAAUGCUUGUGGAACUGUCGGUCUUCUUCACGCUAUUGGGAAUAUCACUUCAAAGAUAAAUCUCCUUGAGAAUUCAUAUCUAGAUAAGUUCUACAAGUCGACUGCAAACAUGGACCCAAUGGAGCGUGCGGUGUAUCUUGAAAAUGACAGAGAAAUGGAAGUUGCUCACAGAGCAGCCGCUACUGCUGGUGAGACUAAGGCCUCGGAUGAUGUUUACAGUCAUUUCAUAUGCUUCACCUGCGUGAAUGGACAGCUUUACGAGCUUGAUGGGAGGAGGGCGGGACCAAUUUCUCAUGGUGCUUCUUCUCCUAGCAGUUUAUUACAGGAUGCUGCAAAAGUCAUACAAGGGAUGAUCACGAAAAACCCAAAUUCCAUGGAGUUUAACGUGAUUGCUGUUUCAAAGAGAGUCGAAGGCGCUUAAUUUUUAAUCAGAACAGAGUUUAGUUCAAGUACAACUUAAGUCUGCAGGUAGAAGAUAGAAACUUAAUUUCUACUUCUUAAUUUUUUGCUAAAUCUAUAUGCUUUUAGACUCUGUUUUGAUUUAUUGGUGCAGUAUCAUUAUAUUUUUCCUUUUAUAAUCCUUCACAUCUUGUUAAGAGUGCGAGAGAGAUAUCAUUGAAUCAAGAGGCUGUUCCUGCAAUAUCAUUUUCUGCGAGAUCUUGGGUAUGAUCAUAAAAUUGCAGUCUGCAACUGAGAAAUCGUUACCAAUGUGAUUAAAACAUAGUUCAAAUCGAACUUUAUUAAUUUCCAAACUUAACACAGCACCAUAUCAAAUCAAGCAUUAAUAUUAUUACACUGAACAACACAGACAUGAACUAGAAAACACACUUAAACACUUGAACAGAUCAUGGAAUCCACCGGGGUUGCUCUUUGAGAUCCUCAGCAGUGCCAACAAUUUUCGACUUGACCUUAUCCAGCUGGUCCGCGCCCAUCGGGCGCUGCCCUGACACGUACUUGUACAUCCACGUCAGCACAAAGGUGGCAACUGCACCAAGUCCACCAGAGGUGAAAAGCCCUGCAAGCAGAAGGAAAGUAGUGAUUGCUGCAGGCACCAGCACGGGGCUGAAGAUCACGAGGACCGGAGUCGCGAUCACGAGGCCUAUGACAGUGGCUGCCAGGGUGAGGGCAGAGAUCACCAUGAAAGAGCCUGUCAGGGUGACUGCAGUUGCGGUUUUCGCAACUUGUGCAGUUAAGGGCCUUUGCUGCUGCUGCUGCUGGUGCAUGUCAGAGGUCUGCUGCUGCUGUUGAGCCAUGGUUCUGAAUCUGAAUUAACAACGUAAGGAUUGUGUGGUUUGUGUUUUACAAUGAAGAGGACUAGUUUCUGGUUGUUUAUAAAGAAUGCAUGCUGAG